CAGACAAUGAGCUUCCAGGCGACAGGCUUGGGACUGGAUGAGAUGAAGCUGGGCAGUCGCCAGCUCUUCCUGGACCAGGAGGAGGCCGAGGAGGCCGAGGACCAGCAGCUGCUGGAGCCGGAGGCUUGGAGGACCUAUAUGGGCCGGCGCACGGCGCUGCAGGAGUUCCUGACCACGGACCUGAGCCCCCACCUGCUCAAGCGCCACCAUGCCCGCGUGCAGCUGCUCAGGAAGUGCUCCUACUACAUCGAGGUGCUCCCCAAGCACCUGGCCCUGGGCGACCAGAACCCGCUGGUGCUGCCCAACACCAUGUUCCAGCUCAUCGACCCCUGGAAGUUCCAGCGCAUGAAGAAGGUGGGCACGGCGCAGACCAAGAUCCAGCUCCUGCUGCUUGGGGACCUGCUGGAGCAACUGGACCAUGGCCGCGCCGAGCUGGACGCCCUGCUCGAGUCGCCAGACCCGCGGCCCUUCCUGGGGGGCUGGGGGCGCGUGGAGCAGCGGCUGGCAGACCUGUUGGCCAUCAUGGACAACUUCCUGGCCAUGAUGGUGCCGGGACGCCUGCACGUCAAGCACCGCCUGGUGUCCGAUGUUGGCACCACCAAGAUCCCACACAUCCGGCUCAUGCUGAGCACGAAGAUGCCCGUCAUGUUCGACCGGAAGGAGUCAGUGGCCCACCAGGACUGGGUCAGUCUGAGCUGGUUCGUCACCGUCCCGCCACCAGCGCCGGAGCCGUUCGAGCUGCGCUUCAAGCUGCUGGACCCGCGGACGCAGCAGGAGUGCGCGCAGCGCGGCAUCAUCCCGGUGGCCGCCUGCACCUUCGACAUCCGAAACCUGCUGCCCAGCCGCUCCUACAAGUUCACCAUCAAGAGGGCAGAGAGCUACACGCUGGUGUAUGAGCCCUGGCGGGACAGCCUCACCCUGCAGACCAAGCCAGGGCCCCCUGAAGGGCCCGCCCCCUGUUGGCUGGGCAAGCCCGGCCUGCCCCUGACUGCACCUUCUGAGAGAUGA